AUGAAAGGAGCCGGGACUAACUUUGGUGUCGUAAUAAGCGUAACUUUCAAGGCUCGCACGGCUCCAGUUUAUUCGGUUCGGAACUGGGCUGUGCCCCUGAGCAAUAAUCUCGAGGCGCGACGCAGACUCGGCGAUUUCGAUGGAAUUGUUGCUAGGAAGUCCCCACGAAACUGUUCUGUGGAUGCGUAUCUCUAUUGGGAACGGGACAAGCUGCGCCUUGGCGUUACGAUGGUCGAAUCUUCCACGACCAAACCCGCCCUUGGAACACGCGAUAACACGCCAACGCCGAUGGGUAGACUUUUCGGGCCGGAAGACAAUUAUAAUACUGUGGACGGCGUCGGUUUGUUUGAGACCGAGAUGUACAUGUCCGACAUGCAUGGCGGUCACGGCGGCGGCAAAACCUCCUCGUUCAAGCGAUGUUUAUUCCUCAAACGUAUCGGGGCAGCGAACGUCGUCGACAUCUUAGUGGCGGCAGUUGAGACCCGUCCUUCGCCGCUCUGCUAUCUCCAUCUUCUGCAAGGCGGCGGAGCAGUCUGCGACGUCGCAGCUGAUGCCACUGCUUUCGGCUGUCGAGACUGGGAUUUUGCUUGCGUGGUAACCGGUGUUUGGUCCCGUGAUGAAGAUGGAACCGAAGCUGCUGGAGCUGCCGUAGGGUGGGUUUACAACGUGGCCAGGGAGUUGUUGCCGUUGAGUCGCGGAGCUUACGGCGCCGACCUAGGGCCGGACCCCAGAGACGCCGCCUUGGCAGCCAAGGCUUUCGGACCAAACCUCCCGCGCCUUGUUCAUCUAAAGCAGAUCUCGGACCCAAGAAAUGUACUAGCUUACGCUUGUCCACUCGCUAAAGCGCCCAGGGCGCCGACGGUCAUCAUAAUGGUCACGGGCGAAAGCUGCGCUGGCAAAGACUAUUGUGCCGAAACUUGGGUCUCCGUGUUCACCAACAAAGGCUUCACAGCACGCGUAAUCAGCAUUAGCGACACGACCAAGCGAGAAUAUGCAGCGGCUACUGGGGCUGAUGCCAAGCGCCUGCUUCGGGACCGCCGCUACAAAGAGCAACACCGGGCUGCGUUGACGGCAUUUUUCCAGGAACAGCUACGCCAACGGCCUCAGCUGCGAGAAGAGCAUUUUCUGGAUGCGGUGAAAGACGCCAUGGAUAUGGACGUGCUGCUAAUCACGGGCAUAAGAGACGAGGCACCAGUCGCCACCUUUUCGCACUUGGUGCCAAAUAGCAGACUGCUUGAGGUUAACAUUCAAGCUACCAAAGAAACGCGGCGGGUUCGUGGGGGUUGCCAAAAGAGUGAUGACAAUGACGACAGCAUGGAGCACCACAACAAAAACGGCAGUUGGGACAUAACGGCCCUGGGCCACUCACCCAGUUUUCUUUUCCGCAAUGACUUGGCCGGCAAUGAGGCGGCAAAAAAGUUUGUUGAAACCCAUCUGCUUGCUUUCUUCCACGACAACCUGCAGCAACUCUCCAGUAUGGUAUGCUCAGUGCCCGACUUCCCGUGCUCAGGUAUCGAUUUUCGCCACGUACUAGACAUCUCCCAGCUGCCAGGUGGGCUGGACUUAUGCACGUCCCUGCUGCAAGCUCAUUUCACAGGUGACUGGGCUAAAGUCCAUUCGGUGGUUUGUUGUGAGGUUGGCGGUCUUGUCUUUGCGUCCGCUUUGGCCUUGCGGGUCGGUGUAUCUCUGGUAUUGAUUCGCGAGGCCGGCAAGCUCCCCCCGCCUACCAUUUCCGUCAUCAAAUCGCCGUCACAUAUCUCGUCUUCCGCCUCUGCCGAUCCGAAGGAGAAAAGGAUUGAGAUGGGGCUGAAUAUACUCCCAAGAGGGGCGUCCGUGGUGGUGGUGGACGAUGUGCUUGCCACUGGGGAAACGCUUUGUGCGGUGCUGCAGCUUCUAGAUGAAGCCGGAAUCAGUGCUGAGAACGUCAACGUAAUGGUUGUAACAGAGUUCCCCGUUCACCGCGGCCGGGAACUGUUGCGUCAGCGUGGCUUUGGCCGAGUCAAAAUUCAAAGUCUUUUAGUCUUUGAUAGAGCUUAA